AUGAGAAAUCGCUCGGACGACUACACAUGCAUCUUCACCCUAAUAUUGUUGCUCGAGAUGUCACUAACGCCGAUUUGCCACGCGAAAAUCAGCAACGAUACCCGCAGGACGCAAGAGGAGAUGUCCGUUCGUGCUGCCGCAUCCGAGCCGAGAGAGGAAGACGCCAAGUACGACAUGAAGGAAGUCCAAGAAGUGAGCUUGCGACGCGAGAAGAAUGACGGCGAGCUUGAAGGGAGCGACACGCGUGUCAGGCAGAAACGCGCGGAAAGCUCGUCGAAUCUCGCGGAUUUCCAACGAUCAAACGUCGGGAAGUCGUCGAUCGACGACAGCGCGGCCGACGUCGAUUCGCGCGCUUCGAACGGGAAAGCGGAGGAUUACGCGGAGGAGGAAGCGGACGACGAGAUGACGAGGAGACGGGAGGGCGACGAGGACGAGGGGACGAGCGACCUCGUCCUGCGUCUGCCUCGCGAGGCGAAUCUCAAAUACACGGACCGGGACGAAGGGUCGAGCCUGUACGACGACUACGAGGCGAAGGACGUCGCGAAGCGCGGCGCGGAGGAUUACGAGGAAGUGGAAGAGGACUCGCCAGGAACGUCGGAAGACGUGGCUGCGAUGCGGGAGGAAGAAUCGGACGAAGCCGGGAAGAGGGAGACGCGCGGCGACGCGAGGGUGAAGAGGAACCGAGCGGCCCCGGAAUCGCUCGCCGACGACGUCAAGUCGAGUGCGAGCGGCUCGAGCAAUCCCGAAGAAACGAGGAGCGACGGGAGCGCUUCGGAGCUGCGGCUUGAGCCGGGAAGCCCGGAGGAGUCGAAGAUCGCGGAGGUCGAGCCGCGCGAAAUCUCCGACGUCGAGUUGUCGAGAGGACUCGACGAGCUUCCCGGUGCGUCCGAGAAGCUCGCAGGAGGAUCCACGUCGAACGAGGCGGUUUCAAGAAGCGUCUCGGCCGAGGAUUCGAACGCCGAGUACGAGAAGCGCGCGGAAGAGCGGAUACAACGGAAGAUCGACUCGCUCAAGGAGGAGAUCCGGCGCGAUGUCGAGGCGCAACGGCGAGUCCAGGAUAUCCGGGAGAACAACGCCAGGUUCGACGAGCUGUGGGACGACGAGAGUCGGGCCUUCGAGGACGGCUCGGUCGAGAAAUUACGUCGGAAUGUAAUUAAGAAGAGGUCGACACGCGGUGUCGGCCCGGCCGCGAAGAGCGCCGGCAAGAAGCGACCUCCGAAGAGAGAAGAGCGCGAAAAGCCGCAACGUCGAUCCGACGAGACCGGCAAGUCGGACAGUGGCUCGAAAAAACGCUCGUCGUCUGGAAACCCGAAGAGACGGUCCGUAGGAGAUCGCGACGGGUCCUCCGGUCCGUCGAAGGGAUUCUUCAAGAAGAAACGCGAACGCGCCAGGGAAACGAUACUGGUGAAGAACGAUCAUCUUCGGGCGAAGAAGAGACGCUCGAGGAGUUACUCGUCGCCGUCUGAACCGAUUAACGGGAAAUCGGGAAAUGAAAUAUCCGCGGAUCGGGACUCCAAUUCUCAUCUUCGCGCGAACUUCGAUGGAAAGGCGCCUCUUGCUAACGAAGACGACGCUAACGAGGAAGAGCAGAGUCCUGCUGGCCGCGCAGAUCCCUUGGUAUCUUUCAUGGGCAGCUCGCAGGAAUUGAGUCCUCGUUUGGCCAGAGAAUACAAGGAAGCCUUCGGUGGCUUGCAGAGCGAUUCCGGCAACGCCCUGGCCCGAUUCAAGAGGAUCAAACGCGUGCUUGACGGGCCCGACGCGAAAAUCUGA